UAAUUAAACAUUCCGCAUGUUAUAUGGAAAUGUUACAUGGAAAUUUGUCCUGUCGGGUGUUCGAAGAUCGGGGUUCCCCCUGGUGACAGAUAGCUGCGACGAGCACCGUUGACGUCAGCACGGAUUUUCUUGACAACUAAUGCCUGACAACCGUAGUAGUCAUUCAUUUAUUAAAUAGAGGAGAAAAUGAGGUCUGUUCUUAAAUGGUAAAGGUUUGAUUUGAAGAAACCGAACAAGAUUCUCUGAUUGACACACCAAAUUUCCACAGUGUCCGAAAAACCUUAACAUGGGAAUUCAAAAUAGUGGCUCAACGAUCGUCUUAAUUGUUAUUUCAACCCUUUAUCAUUUGUCAUCGGCCAGCAACUGCUUCAGCCAAGGCUUUUCUUUCCAAAGUAAUGCUUUGUACUCUCGAUGGCUCAGAAGUCCUUCCUAUCCAAACAACUACCCACCCUCCAGUAAUUGCUUAUGGAGUCUGCAGAGGCCAACGUCCGCGUACGCAGUGAAGUUGGCAUUCAGUUCCUUCUUUCUGGAGUCAAAGUCCAGUUGUUCAGAUGAUUAUGUGGAGAUUCGCGAUGGAGAUUUGCUAUCGACAAGCAAGCUGAUUGGAAAGUUUUGUGGAAGUCGGCUGCCGCCGAUAAUAGUGUCAAACUACAAAUACAUUUUUGUGAGAUUCGUCAGUGAUUUUGAUAAUUAUCCUUUCAUACGGAAGUUCUCUGCUACGUUUCGAGCAAUAAUACCAGUACGCUCUUCUGGUAAGUGCCAAUUGAACGGCCCAUUUCUCCUGAACAACAACUUACAAAUGAGCAGUUCCUCUGGCGGGACAUUCUCGAGUCCUUCUUACCCAUCUUAUUACCCAGACAGCAUGCUGUGCACUUGGAAAAUUACGGCACCAAGCGGUAAAAGAGUCAAACUAUACUUCAACUACUUCAGACUGGAGAGCGGAGUGUGCUCCUCUAAUGAUUAUCUGGAGGUUCGCGAUGGGUCGUCUUCGACGAGUUUGAAGAAGGGUAUCUACUGUGGAAGCUAUGCUCCAACCAUCACAUCCAGUGGCCGAUAUCUGUGGUUGCGUUUCAGGUCCGACUCUCAGUUGCGUUAUAAAGGGUUCCAGGCUCGAUAUGAAGUUAUCAGUAAAAGCUCAAGCAUGGUGGGUACCGUGGUAGGAGUCUUAGUUGGGAUUGGUGUCAUAGUUGCAGUCAUUGCCUUCGUGAUCUACCUCGUGAAGAGGAAAAACCGAAGAGCUGUAGCAGCUCGAGCUCCCUCUAGCGCUACAAUCACCACCACAGUAACAACGAACCAGCCGCUCCCUACUGGGUAUACCCAACCCAACCCGCAACAGUAUCAAAGUAUAGUUGGACCGCCUCCACGUCCACCCCCAGGAACACAGCCUGGUCCACCUCCACCAGGGUCUCACCAUCCCUAUCCUCAAGGUGGUUCGUAUAACGCAGCUCCAGGCAUGCCAAUGAAUCCUGUUUACGGAGCAUAUGGGCAGCCACAACCAGCAGGUGCAAUGCCCACGACGCAGGCGCCUCCGCCGUACUACGAAACGGAUGGAAUGAAAGCAGGUCCUACCACUGUGGAAUUGUAGUCUUUUACUUUCGGAAGUAAUAGACAUGCUUUUUUAAAUGGCUUUCAUUUCAUGCCGGUUUCUGUUUUCGAAUUCCAUUCAAGUUUUCGUCGGAGAGACACUUUCCGCUUUAUGUACUGUUAUAAGUUCGACCCGUUCCAAAAAUGCUCGACAUAUUUGUAUGGGAGAUGAGCGUAUAAAGCAUGAUUCUUUUCAAAGCUUUCUUCACAAAACUCAACAUAUUCUGUGAAUCAUUUUGUUUACGAACAGCAACGUGUCACAAUUCUCAUAUCCAGUUUCCGCACUCUCCGCUAGGAACGUCUGGCACUAUGACCCCCUGGUACUAUGGCCCCCCAUUUGGCGCUCAAGACGAAACGGCUUGCACAUUAGGACUCGAGCUUUCUUACGGAAACCCGAAUAACUAGAUUUGUCCUAAACUAAAACAGAUGUAACUGAAUAGUAGAGUUUUAAAAAAAGAGUUACAGUUGAAGCUCUCGUAAGCAACCACCUCGGAAAUUUGAAAAAGUGGUCGUAACUAGAGCUGGUCGUUUAUAAGAAUGAGCUCUCGUAAGCGACCGCAUGGUAAAAUAAUAGAAGGUGGUCGCUUACGAGAGCUUCAGAAACUCAUAAACAAUUUAUGCAGAAAAAACAAAACAAAUUAAUGUUUAAGAGUGUCUAUAUAUCUGAUAUAGACACGGCUUAACUUUACAUUCAAAGUUUUAGAGCAAAAUAACCCCAAAUCUAAACACUAGUUCCAUAAUGAGUUUAUCUACAUCUGAUGAUUUUGAAGCCCUUCGAUAAACUCACAGUUUGUGUUUUAUCGUGUCUAAAAGACUCUGAGUGAUCGCUUUCAAGAGCUUAAAAACGAAGGAAAAGUCCAGUUGGGUAAUCCCCAAAGUGGUCGCGGUCGCUUACGGGAGCGGUCCCUUACGAGAGCUUUUCAUUACAAAGUUUAAGAAACGGUUCAAACGAGGUUUCGCAAAGGUGGUCGUAACUAGAGCUGGUCGCUUAUGAGAGUGGUCGCAAGGGGAGCUUCGACAGCCUCGUUCCCAGGCUCUCUCCCCUCUGCCUCCCUUGGUCGUUGGAAGGAAGACCCUGGUUGCGUCUGGUCACGUGACCACCCAGAAUCCGAGUUUAACUAACCAAACUCACCCCUACCUUCUUAGCGACUCCGGCAACUUUGUGAAAACUUUGAAAAUACGCGUGAAAUUAAUCCUUAACUACCCUCGGGCCCAUACAAUUACAGAUACAAAUUGACUCGUUUUUCGUUUUCCUUUUGACGUACGUCAGAAUUUUGAAGUCGUUCAUCGUUCCUGGACCAGGCAGAGACUCAGUAGAGACAGAAUAAGUAUCCUGCCAACCUCGUUUUCUCGGUCCGUACCGUAAGUUACGGACCGAGUUUUUCCCCAUCGAUUUAUGGCCCAAGCGCGAAGCCCUCGAACUCGGUUACUAAGAGGUGUAAAACCUGAAUAAAAAGCUACGGUUUCAUUUUGUUAGUUUAACUCUGUACGCCCCAAUACCAGGAGACAUGAUUGUUUUCCUUAAUGUUACCAUUUUCACCCACAAACUGUGCUGUUCCUUUUCAACUGCUGGUGGUUCAGUUAGUGGGGUCUUACCUCUGAAAGCGAAAAACAUCAGCGUAAGCAAGUGCAAUCUAUCACUGACCCAGAAAAUCUGACAUGUGAAAUAAGCCCCCUGUGAGUUUAGAAAACGUGGUUUAGAUACUGAGAUCAGAGAAUCUGCACUUGCUUAUCUGACUGAUUUAAUAACAUUUGAAAUUAAAACAAAAUGCUUCAUUAUAU